AUCUUUCCAGCAGAUAGCGUAGAAAAUGUAAACAGCAGCGAUGGGUGUUCGCUGCCUUAUCGCACAAAAUUUUCGCGUAGAGGCUUUGAAAAGCAUAUCGCUGUUAUCAGAAUAAGCUGUAAAACUAUAUUUAACACACACAUUUCGUGGGAACAAGAGAAAGAACCGUCCAACAAUAACACGCCAGCAGGGGCGCGCAUGGAAACGGCGGCGUGUCGCUGGAAGCCAUCGCAGGCCAAUUGGUCGCAGCUUUUUCUGGGGCACACUUGUCGUCAACAACCAUCAGGAGCGUCCAUGGCACUAUCAGUUGGUGGCAUAGUAUAUCCAGCGCUUCUGGAAGGCAGGGAAGACAGCGAACACCUGCAUUAAAAUUGGAGAGCUUCAAUGGAAAGCGCACCUGCAUAUUGCUUUAGCAUUUCAGCACCUGAGGGACCAGGAUGGGUGCCAGCACUUCGCACCAGGAUGGUUACCAGCGGGCAGAGCCCCACUGGAUGCACUACGGGUCUAUCAACUUUGAUGACGAAAUCCCGGCCGAAGUUCUCAAGGUCGGGGCCUCGGUCGGGAAGAAGAUAUCGCCCGUGAGGAGGUUCUUUGCACUCCUUGCCACCUUUGAUGUCUGCUUCUGCUCCUUCCUCUGGAUUCUAAGUGCAAUGCUGCAGUAUAAGUCUGUGAAGUUAGUCUAUCAAAGCGAAAUCCUCAAUUAUGCCAUGUCAAGCUCCCUGUUCGACAUGGCCGUGCUGGCAGCGCUGCGGUUCCUUGUCCUGCUGCUGGCCUACAUCGUGCUGCGCAUGAAGCACUGGCUGUUGGUGGCCCUGAUGACCACGCUGAGCGGUUCCCUGGUCAUCUGCAAGACCUUCCUGUACGACUGGCAGGCCCAGCUGGCAGUAAACUCGGGGGUGCUGGCCGGGGUACUGCUGCUGGUCACCUCCUUCGUGCUGCCCUGGGGCCAGGCCUGGUUCCUUGACUUCCGGGUGGUACCGAGUGAGAACCGGGCCUCCCAGCUGCUGGCACGCAUUGUCAACGACGCCUUCCCGCCCGUGCCCUCCGCUGCAGCCCGCUUGCGCAGCGAGGAUGGCGGUACCUCCUUCUACUCGCCGGACAGCGGGUCAGACAAUGAGAGUUUGGGUGCAAAGGGUCUACAGCGGAGCGAGCUUGAAGUUCCCAGCGACCUCAAAGUGAGGUUUGAACCAGAAAGCUCUUCAAGGCCACUACUUCCAGAGGAACGAAGCUACAAGCGCAAGGCAGAGGAAGCGCUAGACAUUGCCUUGAAAAUAUUCCACGAAAGCAACUGGAAGACGGAGAAAAUGGACCACGAGGGCGCUAUUCAGACGUGCCAUCACUCAGAGUUUGGAAAGGUCUACAAGUAUGCGGGUACCCUGCCAGCGGCUCCCGAGACCAUUUUAGAUAUUUUGUUCAAUCGGCUAGAGGAACAAGUUUUGUGGAACCCGAACGUCAAAGAAGCCAGGGUUAUUGAGAGCAUAGACAACCAGACUGACAUUGUUUAUGUGCUCUCAGAGGGUGCCAAGGGUGUAGUGUCUUGUAGAGAUUUUGUAAACUUGAGGAUGUGGCAGAGGCGAGGUGAAUCCUACUUGCUCUGCGUCAUAGGCUCGGAGCAUGUCAACCAGCCACCGAAGAAAACUGUUGUGAGGGGGGAGCAGGGACCUCUGCUCUACAUGCUAGCACCGUCAGACAGCGAGACACAUCGCAGCAAAUUCCAAUGGCUGCUAAAUGUGAAUCUCAAGGGAUGGCUUCCACAGUACAUCAUCGACAAGGCAAUGGCAAAGAGCAUGCUGGAUUAUGCAGAUGCCUUGAAAACUCAUCUCAAUAGUCUUCCCAAGCCAGAUGACUUCAUCUAGAAAGUUUUCAUGCCUUCAGGGACUCAAAUCUUCAAGCUGGUAUUUUUGUUUUUUUAAUGAAAGCUGUGAAUAAAGCUUUUGUGAUAAAUUUUU